UUUAAACAACGAAAAGUGAACAUUAAAAGCGUGUGUGUGUAUGUUAUAAAGAUCUAAGAACUUUAACCUAGAGAAUAUCGAAACAACAACAAGAAAUGGGUGGAAACGAAACAUCCAUUCAUGAAUUAUCAUCGAUUCAAUACUUAUAUGUUCCAUGUUCCAUCACCAUCAUCAUCAUUUAAAUUGAUUUCAAUUCUCCGCCCAAUUCACAUUCAAUGUUUAUUCGUUCUUCAUUUUUGCUGUAUGUGAUUGCGUGCAUUUAAAUUAUUUAUUACAACAAGUGAUAAAAUUUAAAAACGAAGAUGAAAUGAUUUCAAAUGGAUAAAGAAGAGCCAAAGAUUUGUUUUCGGUGAUUGUCUAUAUAAAUAUGAAAAUUGAUAAUCGAAAAUUGUUCACACUCAUUCCAUCCACAAACGAACGAUAACAGGUCAUAUUCUUGAAUCGAAUCUAUUCUGUGUGUGUGUUCGAUUUUUUGUUUAUCUCAUCUUUUAGUUAGUGUUCUCGUGCAGUGUGUGUGUGUGUGUGAUUGUUUGAUACAAAUUAAUUGAUUGAUCAUCGUGUGAUAAAAUAAUAUUCUAUCGAUCCAAAAUGAAAUUCAAGAUCAUAUUGGCUUUGGCGUUGAUAGCUUUGCAUGAAACCAGUGCUCAAGAAGAACCACAUCCAGCGCCAGAACCAUAUACAUUUUCAUUUGAUUCUGCAAAUGAUGAUGGAAGUGGCACUACUCGAUCUGAAACUGGUGAUGCUAAUGGUCAAAUUACUGGUUUCUAUAUAAUCAAAGGUCUUGAUGGACAAGAUCGACGUGUUGAUUAUGUUGCCGAUGAAAAUGGUUUCCGUGCUCAAGUUACUACCAGUGAAGUUGGUACCGUUUCACAUGAACCAGAUUCAGCUGUCUAUAAUUCGAAUGCUCCAAGUAUUGAAAAUUUACAAUCAUUGUGGGCACAAGCCGGUGGAAAUCGUGAGCAAUAUUUCACUUUAGCUAGCUUACCGAAUAGUAUCGGUACUGGUACAGGUGAUGCUGCCGGGCUUGCCGGUACUGGGCGUGGCAGAGGAGCCUCUGGUGUUGGUAGUGCUUCCGCAACUUCAUAUCGAUCUGGUUCCGCUGCAUUGACUACUGGCCUUAUUGGUGGUGCUUCCGGUGGCCGUGCUGCUGGCGCAUUGAUUGGUGGUGGGGGUACCGGUGGUGCAGGUAGUGCUUCUGCAAGCUCAUUCCGAUCUGGUUCCGCUACAUUGACUACCGGUCUUAUUGGUGGCGGUGCAGGUGGUUCUGGUGGAGCAUUGAUUGGUGGUGGUGGUUCUGGAAGUGCUGGUGGCGCUUCUGCAAGCUCAUUCCGAUCUGGUUCUGCUACCUUAACUACUGGUCUUAUCGGUGGUGGAGCCGGUGGCCGUGCUGCUGGUGCAUUGAUUGGUGGUGGGGCAGGUGGUUCUGGUAGUGCUUCCGCAACUUCAUAUCGAUCCGGUUCAGCUACAUUGACUACUGGUCUUAUCGGUGGUGGAGCCGGUGGCCGUACUGCCGGUGCAUUGAUUGGUGGUGGCGGUCUUAUUGGCGGAGGUGCCGGUGGUUCUAGUGGUGCUUCCACAACUUCAUAUCGAUCUGGUUCCACAGCAUUGACUACUGGUCUUAUCGGUGGCGGUGCAGGUGGUGGGGCUCAAUUAGUCAAUCAAGAAGGUUUCGUCUUGGUUCCAGCAUCGGCUGCCCGAAGUGCUGGUUUAAGUGGUCAAGCAAUUAACACUGGCUAUACUACUAGCUAUUCAACGGGCGUUGUGCCAAUUCCAACCGGAAAUAUACCAACCAUUCCAAUCGUACCGAUCGGUGGUGGUGGUGCUACAACCACCACAACAUUACAAGCACAACCAUCAACAAUACUUACUACUGGAUCAUAUCAAGCACAACCAUCAACAAUUAACACUUAUUAUACUAGCCCAAUUACGACAAGAGAACAAUAUAGUUCUUCUAGCUAUCGAAUUGUUCCAAUUCAAAAAAGAAAGUAAACACAGAAUCCACCCACACAAUGAUAUGACUAUAAUCCACAUUACAAAUUCAUUUUUUUUGUUUUGUUUUGUUUUGGCUACAUUGUUUCUCAUCGUUGGUUUUUCGAAUAAUUUUUUUAUCUGAUUGUUUUUUUUUCGAUUGAACUUGGUAUUUUGAUUUCGAAAAUAAAUGUUGGCAAAAAAAAAAAAA